CACGUGAAUGGGUCGCGCAUGCGCAUGCAAACGCAUAAUAAGAAAAUAAUUUGUUCAUUUAUUCGCACGUGGACUUGUAGGGAUCAAAUCUCGUGAUCAGUUCUGAUUGUGAAUUAUUGUUCAAAAGAACCUAGACUUACUGGAAUAUUCUUGUGUAAAAUUUAAAAUUGAAUCGCGUUUUGUUAUAAAUUUAAGAGGAGAAGAACUGAAAACUCUUAAAGUUGGAGGUUAAGUUUUAUUAAAAGAUGAAGCGUUCAGCAGAUGAUUUGAAUAUUGAUGAUGUGAAAGCAGAGAGUAAUGUAAACGCAGAGAACGAUAAGAAAAGAAAGAAAGUGAAAAUUGAGAAAUCUGUAGAUAAUAAGUCCUCAGAUAAGAAUACAAAAGUGCCUUUUACAAAGAAAAAUUCAAAAGAAAAGAGUUUAAGAGUGGCAAAGAAUAAUGUUACAAUCAAGAAGAUAAAUUCAAUUAAGCAGAAAAAAGAGCUUGGACAAAAAUCCAAAAUUCAGAAAAACUUAAAGCACAAUAAUAUGAAAUCAGAAGAGAUGACUGUAAAAAAGACAGAUUGGAUCAAAUUGAAAAAGGAAAAAAAAGAACUCAGAGAAAAACGCAAAGCUAAGAAAUUGAAUAACGAUACAAUAUAUGAUAAAGUCAUUCAAGCUAAGCAGAUUAGUGAAAAGCUACGUAGAUCUGAUUGCAAGCCUCUUAAUCGUACAAAGUUAACUCAAACAUUGCAUCAGAUGCUGGAAAAUUAUUACAGCAAAGUGAUAUUUACACAUGAUUUAUCUAGAGUAGUUCAAUGCAUGAUCAAGUACUGUGAGACAGAUAUUCGACAAGCUAUACUUAGCGAGUUAAAACCAUGCAUCGUGGAAAUGUUACAGUCGAAAUAUGCAAAAAAUUGUGUGAAAGCUCUUUUAAAAUACGGUUCGCGAGAAAUCAGGUGUGAGAUUAUCUCUCAGUUUUAUGGUAACAUCGUUAAACUAAUGAGUCAUAGUGUAUCAGCCUCUCUUGUGGAACUUACAUAUAGCACUUGGUGUACAGAAUUUGAUAAAAUAUACUUCAAGCAAGAAUUUUAUGGAGAUAUGUAUAAAUUAGAUAAAGACAAAAACAUUAAAGCACUGUGGAAUGUAUACGAAAACGCAAUGGAUAUGAAAAUGGCUACAUUAUCCGCUGUAAAAGCAAAUUUAAUUAGAAUCUUAAAUAAAGGUUUUGUUAACUCUGUUCUGUUGCAUACAGUUCUGUGGGAAUUCCUCCAUGUAUGUUCAGUAGAAGACAGAAAUGAGUUAAUAGUUAUGCUACGUCCCUACAUUAUAAUGUUGUGCCAGACGAAAAUGGGGACAAGAGUCGCUAUGGAAUGCAUAUGGCAUGGCAAUAGUAAAGAUAGAAAAGUUAUUAUGAAAGCUCUUAAGGGAAAUGUAAAAGCUAUUUGUCUAUCUACAUACGGUUACAUGAUGUUGUUGGCGCUCUUCGAUUCCGUAGAUGACACCGUUCUUAUCCAGAAGAUAAUAUUGUCCGAGUUGCAAGAGGAUUUAGUUAAUAUCGCACUGAAUGAAUAUGGAAAACAUGUUAUAUUGUAUCUCGUAGCCAGAAGAGAUUCUUGCUAUUUUUCACCAGCCGUAGUGAAAUAUUUAUGUCAAGGCGAUAACAAUUCCACAAGUAAGAAAUCAGAUGAUAUUAGGGAAUAUGAACUCCUUGAAGCAAUUCAUGAUCCACUUCUUGAUGCGAUAACUGCGGAUACAGCAACGUGGUUAUCCAAUGGCAGCAUAGCUAUGACUACUUUGGCGAUAUUGAAAAUAGGCUCAGGAAAUAAAUUACAUUCCGCGUUUGAAUCAAUUGCUGAGUUUGUUAGCAAUAUAAAUUCAAAAAUCAAGGACAACGAUAUUGAAUAUAAUGUGAUUGAACAUUCUGGAUUGCAUAUAAUGUUGAAAAAACUUAUUCAGAAUGACAAAGAAGUGAUAGAAAGAAAAGAAUCUGCAUUCGGUGAAAUAUUAACAUUACAUUUAACGUUAAAUGUGCUAAAGGAAUGGAUAGAAUUUAAUAGAGGUUGCUUUUUAUUAAUUUUUCUCAUAGAAAAUGAAGCUGAGAAUGUUAAAGACAUGUUAUUAUCUAAAUUAAAACCAUUAGCAGAAAAUCUCAAGACAAAAUGCAGUGCUGGAGCAUCGAUAUUAUUAAAAAAAUUGACGUAAAUGUAGUAUUUGAAUGUAAUGUAUAAUAAUA